CAAAUGUUUGAAAAUGGAAUUAGGCCCCCCAGAUGUGAUGCAGCGCAAGGGAGCGUUGACUUUGCGCUCCAACUGUGCCUACUAUGGGAGACCCACGUUUGUGCACCGCUGGCACCAAAGCAGAGAGGCUGAACCAAAGGAUUAUGACAUACAUGAAAUUCCUUUGGGCUGUAAAAAUUUAUGUCGCUCUACCUAUUGGAGACUUGGUACCAUAAAUAAGAAAUGGAUAACCACAUAUCAAGAUUAUAUGUCACAGCCCUUUAGAGUUAAAGAAUAUCAGGAAUUGAAUAUUAAGAAGCCCUUGUUGGAUGAAGAUAGUUUUGAAGAAGCAGUUAUUAGCAGGGAGACGGGCCUUCCUGAAAUAGGUGCUGGAUCUGCAUUGCCACGUCACUCCCCAGAUCAUUUUACGAUGUUUCUAGACACAGUUUACCGAAGAGACUAUGUUCCACCAUAUGACUACACUCCAUAUGUUACUGCUCACCUAGGAGGAUACUCUGUGAUUCACAGAAAAUGUCAUUCUCAGUUUACUGAUACAGCAGGCUACAAAAGACACGGUAUCAACACGUGGCAGGAUGAGAGUGGAAUAUAUGCCAACUCAGAUCUAAAGCAAAAGGUUCUUCCUGUAACUAGCCCAAUACUAUCAAAUUUGAAUGAAGAUACUUAUUAA